AUGUCUCGUUAUGGACUAGGAUACACGAAGUUCAGAGAGAUCCACAAUGACAUGGGUCUCCUGCAUACCCGCCAGCAGAGCCACACCAUCGAAUCUAUCCGUGAAGCCAUGAUCAAGCUUCGCAAGGCAUACCCAAAUGCUGGUGCGCGGGAAAUGGUGAUUUUGCUAUUUCACGAGAAAGAAAUGAGUGUUUCAAGAAAUUUAGUGAUAGCAUACUGUGCCAUCUAUGAAGCUGACCUCGUACAUCAGCGAAAAGCUCGCCGUCUCAAGCAGAGGCAGUUCUGGGCUGCCGGCAUCAACGACCUAUUUGCUGUUGAUCAACAUGAUAAGUGGCUUCGAUUCGGUCUUGCAUUGCACACUGGAGUGGAGCCAUUCUCAGGUCGCAUCAUGUGGAUCCGAGUGUGGCAUUCCAACCGCAACCCCCAGCUCAUUCUCACUUACAGUGGCUCAAAAAAGUGUCUCAAUGUUUCUGACUUUUCAUGUAAUUGCUUUAGUAUGAGCCAGGGUGUGGGAAUAUGA